UUUGCUUAAACCCUAAAGUUUAGGGCCUAAUUGCCUAAACCCUUUUGGAUUAGGUUUAUCUAUCUUAUCCGCCGUGAUUCAAUUUUCAUGAUAAAUUUCCGGUAGAUUUAAUUUGUGAAACUCCCAUGAUUCUCUCACGCUCCGUCUCAGUGCUUCAUUUGUGUGGAGUUUCCUCGGCGCCGAAGCUCUUAUCUCAGAAGCUCAAGGUCUCGUUUGCUCUCGCUUAUGGUUCUUCUGCGUCUUUCCGUUUGUUCUCUCUCAAUCGAUCUAACGGGAAAUGGGUUCGUGGGUUUGCGUCUGCUACCGAAGCUGAAGUAGAGAAAAAGGGUAAUGAUACGUUCUUCGCGGACCAUGCUGUUUCUUGGAAGUCUCUUGGGUUAUCGGAUACAGUCUCUGUUGCUCUUCGAGCUUCUGGGUUUGAUAGACCGUCUCUUACUCAGGCUGUUUGCAUACCUUCUAUAUUGUCCGGGAAAGAUGUGAUUGUUGCAGCAGAAACCGGUAGUGGUAAGACACAUGGAUAUCUUGCUCCAAUAAUCGAUCGAUUGACCAACACCGCUCUUGAUUCCGAGCAUGUGAAUGGAAAUGAAAGGCGGAUUCCACUUAAGAACAUUUCUCUGAUUCUGUGUCCAAAUGUGAUGCUGUGUGAACAAGUGGUUCGGAUGGUUAAUGGUCUUCUUGGAGAGGAUGGUAAUCCACUUCUCAGAGCUGAAGCUGUUUGUGGGUCACAGGGUUGGCCAGAUAAACAGCCUGACAUUAUUGUUUCGACACCUGCUGCUCUUCUGAAUAACAUUGAGCCAAAAAGAAACAGGCGUGUAGAGUUUCUUCGAUCAGUCAAAUAUGUGGUCUUUGAUGAAGCUGAUAUGCUUCUGUGUGGAAGCUUCCAGAAUCAGAUUAUUCGUCUGAUAAACUUGAUGCGGUUUGAUGAGAAACAAGUGUCUCGUUUGGCUUUAUCCCAAGAUGGCAAACCAAUGGAGAUUGAUGCCACUUUAGCCCAAUUUGAUCUAGAAAUUGAGGAUGAUGCAGAAAUCGGAUCUAUUUCUGAGGAAGAGGAAGAAGAAGUCGAGUAUGUCGAUGAUAGAGAACAAAUGCCUACUGUUGAAACUGAAACUGGGUCAGAUACCAAAAAGGGCUGGAGAAGAGUAAGAAAGGUCUAUAGCCGUAGUAAGCAGUAUAUUUUUAUUGCAGCCACGCUUCCAGUUAACGGAAAGAAGACUGCUGGUGGAUUGUUGAAACAUAUGUUUCCAGAUGCUAUCUGGGUUAGCGGAAACUUUCUUCACCGAAACAGUCCUAGACUAAAGCAGAAAUGGGUUGAAGUCACAGUAGACACACAAGUUGAUGCUCUUCUAGAGGCUGUAAGCAACAACAACAACAUCACAGACAGGACGAUGGUGUUUGCAAAUACCGUUGAGGCUGUUGAAGCAGUAGCUGAUAUAUUGGAGAAAGCUAGGAUCCAGUGUUAUCGUUACCACAAGAACCAUACUCUUGAAGAACGUGCUAAUAUAUUAGCUGAUUUCAGAGAAAACGGCGGUGUUUUUGUUUGCACUGAUGCUGCUGCCCGUGGAGUUGAUGUUCCUAACGUCUCACACGUUAUUCAGGCAGAUUUUUCUAGCUCUGCAGUGGAUUUCCUUCACAGGAUAGGUCGAACAGCUAGAGCUGGGCAAUAUGGGACGGUGACCAGUCUAUACACCGAGGCUAACCGUGAUUUAGUGGAAGCAAUCCGUCAAGCAGUGCAGGCGGGUCAGCCUGUGGAAACUGCAUUCAGCAGGAAAAGAGGUUUCAGGAACAAGCUUAAGAAGAGAGCUUUUCUAAAAGCUGGAGAAGUAGAGGAGCCUCAAGCUUUGCGAGUUUAAGUAGAUCACACUGAUAUGUUGUAUAUAAAGCUACCGUAAAAUGGAAUAAUCAGUUUUUUUUUUUAUCAUUUUUGUUGUUGUUCCAAAAAUGAGAUAUGAAUAUGAUGAUCCCUGUAGUUCCAAUUUUUUUGAGAUAUUAUUUUAUCUAAAGCUGAGAUAUUAAGAAACAAA